AUGAAUUUUUUUUCUCUUUUUUGUUUCUCUCUUUUUGCCUGGUUUUUGAUCAUGCAUCGUCGCUCCCAAUUUGAUCAGGAUGUCACGUCGGACGAGCAGAGCCAUGCCAGUGCUGAACUCCCCGACAUCUUCUCGAACAGUCCUCCGUCCGAUGGUUCCUCCGACAGUGAGACGGAGCCAGACAGCGACGAGUCGGAUGAUGAUGAUGACAACGACGAUGACGACUCGCUUUUCGACAAUGAAGAGCAGCAUCCACCGGAAUACUAUCUCGCAGAGGCUGAGUGUCUUGAUGUCUCCCAGCUCCGACAGCAACGUUACAGUCCCAAGACUCGGAAGAAGCUGGAGGAUACAGGCGUCAUGCUACAGCCAAGCUAA